UAUUUUUAAAAUCAUGCAGGAUCCGAAAAUAUUUUCGGAUCCUGUGUGUCAACGCUGAUAGUUCGCCAGUCAUAUUGGCGAACCCAGAAGUUCGCCAUCAAUAAUGACGAACUUCAUGAUGUUCGCCACUAUGAGUGGCGAACAUAACUUGUUCGGCACCAUGGGUGCCGAACAAGUGGAACCGUGCCACAUGAGCAGAGCAAUCUGCUCGCGUGGCUGCAGCGUGGCAUGUUCGGCAAUAAUGGUGCCGAACAUGCAUAAUUCAAUGAUUCGUCAGAGAUUCCUGACGAAGCAUUGACCGCGAAAAGAGUUCGGCACUGAUAGUGCCGAACUCUUUUCUGUGCAUGCAGAGCCACGCGGCUCUGCAUGCACAGUCCUGGACAGAGGAGACUUUGGCUUUAAAGCCGAAGUCUCGCUCUUCUUCUUUCUCUUUCCCCCUUGAAAAUUUUUAUCCUCCUUCUCCUCUGCGCAGCUCUCUUCUCUCGCUCCAUCGCCGGAAGCCUUCAUCUUCAGCAAAUCUUCUUCUCCAGCAAAUCUUCUUCUCCAGCACAAGCGAUCUCUUUCCACCAGAUAUGGAAGAAAGGCGCAACCGUCGUGACAGACGCGAUUAUAUUUUACCUGGUCCCAAUGAUCCAUCGUUGCUAUAUGGACAAGCCGAACAUAGGUCUGAGGCUAUAUGGCAACAAAAUAUAGAAAGUGGGGCAAUAGGUUGUAGAAGAACGGGUACAGUUUUACAUUUGGGUGAAAUACCAGAUCAAAUAAUACCUUAUCUACGACAGUCGGGUUUUUAUGGUGUAAUCCGGUUAGGUUUUUUUGCAUUAGAUUGGCACUUAAUUACGGCUCUUGUUGAGAGGUGGCGACCAGAGACGCAUACAUUUAUGUUUCCUGAAGGAGAAAUGACUAUAACCCUUCAGGAUGUGGGGCUAAUAACCGGGUUGCCUGUCAAUGGUGCAGCUGUUACAGGCCGAUCACGCCACCAUUGGCCUUCAGUUUGUGAGGCGUUAUUAGGUGUCGUUCCACCUAAUAAUGCCAUUAGAGGGUGUUAUUUGAAACUAAGUUGGCUUGCUGAGGAAUUUAGUCAACUUCCCGAUGAUGCUGAUGAGGAAGUUGUUCAUAGGUUUGCAAGAGCAUACAUGAUGAGAGUGAUUGGAUCCAUAUUUGGUGAUACAUCUGCGUCGCGGGUGAACUUAAUGUUUCUACCUUUGUUAGCCGAUCUUGAGGACGCUGGUAAUUAUAGCUGGGGUGGGGCAUGUCUGGCAUGGUUGUAUAGACAGUUAUGUAAGGCGACAAAUCCUGAAGUUAUGCAAAUGUCUGGUCCCUUAUUUAUAGUUCAGAUAUGGGCAUGGGACCGGAUCACAGCGGUAUCGCCGGCACUGUCAGACAGAGCACCACAUCAUGAUGCUCCACUAGGCAGCAGGUGGAGUAAUGCCAGACAUGUUACGGAGGUAGUCACCCACGUGCUCGUGGAGCUGCGAUAUCAGCUUGAUAGAUUAUUACCCGAGCAGGUACUUUGGGAGCCGUACAGUGAUGGCCUGAUUCAGUCGCUGCCCGAAUACUGUCGCCAAGGACGGGACAUUUGGAGGGCUGUUGUCCCACUUAUCUGCUUCCAUAUUGUGGAGUGGCAUCAGCCGGAUCGUGUCAUGCGACAGUUUGGGAUGCAGCAGCAUAUUCCUGCUGAACCUCAUCAGUCUGCUGCACUACACGAUGUGGAUUUGCGUAAAAGCGACACGAACUGGGCAGAAGUCCACUCUCAUUGGAUCGCGCGCUGGAACACACGGGAUACAAGAAUAGUCACUGGCCCGCCAGCAACAGAGCCACUCCAUUUCCAUUCAGAGUAUAUGGAGUGGUACCGUAGGGUGUCCAGACGCUGGAUUUCAGUGAAAGGAGCGGCAAUGGGAACCGGGGAGGAUGGUCUGGAGCACAUGUACGCUAUUGCUACAAACCCGACCACGGGGAGUAUGACAGCUAUGUGUGACCUCAUACAGUCUGUUUCAUUCUGUAUGAUGGAAGAGAGGCGGCAAACACAACUGCCAGCUCCACAUCGAGCACCUGCUGCACCGUCCAACAUGGAUGACCCAGAUAACCCGCCUAUUCCCGAUUCUGUGGCACGUGGUAGUCGGGGUAGGGCUGGUGGAUAUGGUAGGGGCCGAAGAAGGGGUCACAUCCAUGCUGAACAAGGUGAUAGGGAUGUGAAUCCAGUGCCUCCCCCUAUGGAGUAUCAUCGGUCGCAAUCAUUCCACGAAGAUCAACCCAGUUCAUCUAACGUGCCCAUCUCAUCUCAUGUGCCUUCUAUGUUUAAUCCCGGUGCUUAUGGUGUCCCGUACACGCCAAUGGGAUCAGUGUUUCCUGCAUUUGCGCCCGAGCCUAUGCAUGCACCAUCGUCUUCGAGACAGUUUCAUAUGUCAGGCGGAAGUGCACAAAAUAUUUUUUCGGGAUAUAACGCUGGAUUAGGAUAUGGCCCGAGUGGUGUCGGUCAGUUUAGACAUUCAGAUCCUUCUGCUGCUGUCGUGCAAGAUCUAGACGUAAACGCACCGGCACAGGAAGAACUUGAUCCUGAACAGUUAUUGGCACCAGGACCAUGGCGAGGUCGCUUACGGGCUCCACAUGAGAGGAGACAUCGAGGCUGUGGUACUGGUGGUCAUCACUGACUGUGAUAAUUAUACAUGAUAGGUUUUUCUGGGGAACUAGAGGAAGGUGCUUUUGAGUUCGUUCUAGAUGUCAAAAUGGUGCGUGAGAUUAUUUCUAUUGAUUUAAUUAUGUGUUCAGAUUGUGUUAUUUAUGUAAUUAUUGUAUUGAUUUUGUGUUGUAUAAAAUAUUGUGUUGAGAUUGUGUUGAGAUUGUGUUGAUGUAAGAAUAGGUGUAUGAAAUAAGGUUGAAGUUUAUAGAAGUGUGCUAUUUCUAUUCACAGGUGGAAAUAAACCCAUAUUUCAGGGGAAAUUCUGCCGGAUUUUUGGUAUAAGAAGAAAAAGGGAAUUGAAUUACAUUUAAAAAUGAAAUGAACAAUAAACAUAUUCUCAUAAUUGAGCAUGAUUUAAAUGCUACCAAUUAUACCAUGUGAUUACUACUUCAUUUUGUGUUGCUUCUGUAGGUUUCUGGUGUUUACUCAACAGAUGAUCUUGGCGUGAAGUUGGAAAUGACUGCUGAUA